AAUUGUAUACGUGGCUAUGAUGGAUGCCUUCGGUAACCACUCGCGUGUAUAGAGAGCGAGAGAAGAAAAAAUGGCUGUUGCAACGGGUAGAGCUUUCCUUAUUCAGCCAUGUUUUUCUUCUUCGUUAUGCUCCUUGCCUAAGAACGUAAAUAAGUCAUCAUAUGGUGCAGCACAUGUGUUUUGCCUGCCAAACCAGGAAGCACUCCUUGCACACCAAUUGUGGUUCAUGCCCAACAGCGACCUACAUGGCUUCCUGGGCUUGAUCCUCCACCAUAUCUUGGAACUCUGGCAGGAGAUUUUGGGUUUGACCCACUUGGCCUUGGAGAGGAUCCGGAAAGUGGUAUGUGAAGGCAGAGUUGGUCCAUGCUCGCUCGCUUUGCCAUGGCUGGAGUUGCGGGAAUUCUUUUCACAGAUGUACUGAAUUUGGCGAUUGAUGUCGUCAAUUAACAGAUAAGGAAAAGAAAAACCAGAACAUUUCCGACCUGCGGGGAUUCGAACAGCAACCUAAGGAUUUCGUCAUCGCACCACCGUCCUUGCUUUACCCGCUGAGCUAAUGUCGUCAAGCCGAAGAACCUGUUUUGUUUUUAACAUAUUAAUAAGAAAUUGAAAGAUGCUGUUGCUGAAGUCCGGCAGCGAUAUUCAGCAUGCAAUUUGAUACCCACAGGGGAAAAAUCCAAUCUUGUUUAUCACCAAACUUACAAAUUGACAAAAUUCUUUGAUUAAACCAAUCUCACACCUUUACAAUGAUUCGAUUCGAUGGUCGAAAGUCCAAAAGCCUACAUGUAUAUCAUGAAUCAGUGAGACAAAAAUAUAAACCAAUGAACUUGUAAUG